GAACCUCUCAGCGAACAGGAGACAUUGGCACGGCCGAGGGAAAGACCCAUGACCCCGUGGGUGUACACGACCAAGCGACAGGCCCUCGUUGAGCUCGGGGUGUCGUUUGGGGAACAGUAUCGUUGCACCAGCCUCCAAACUCGCAGCUCGACUCGCUGGAAAUGGCGAUCUUUUGCUUUCGGGGCCGCCUGCGAGAAUUUCAAGUCUCGCCUGUGUGUGUGGCGGAGGCUUUGAAGGAAAUUACCGGACCACCUCUAUGCGCGAUGUGCCUGGAACAUGGCUGUAUUUUGCGCGAUUCUCAGGAUUGGAAAUGGUGCCGCUCCUAUAUUUGGCAGAGUGUCCGAGACAUUACUCGGUUCAAGAUGAUCAUGAGACAAUGCAAUCAGAAUAAAGCUCUGGGCUGAGUCCUUGGAAAUGAAGCAAAGACUUUCCUGGCUUGACCUCGUGUUGAGUUGACUUGACGCACGACUUGAG